CUUUUACUGCGUGCGCACGAUGGCUAGUAUUGGCUACUGGACUAGCAUAGCAGUGAGUAAGUGGUGGUCGUAUCGUUUGGUACCACCACAGUUCUAAAACUCAAUCAUCUCAUAACCCUCACCGCGCCAAUCACGCUCCCAAUCACCACCAACCACCUUAAAGCGCACCACCAUUGCCCAUGGUCCUCAGCCCCACCGUAUCAUUCAACGGAGAAAAGAAAAAGCGUCCUCUGAAACCCUUUCCUUUUCCCCUUUCGCUUACUCGGCCACGCGACAUAAUCAUCACACUUCCAUCAUCCUAGGAUCGCAUAAAUUCCCCCAAUGGGGCUUUCGCGGAAGUCCAAGCUUCCACAUUUAACCAACUUUUUCACCUCUGAAACCCGCUUUUCUUGUUUCAGUGGAAAUGGCCGAAACUCGAGACGCCGCCGCCGAUGGGGUGCCCGGAACUCCCGCCAUAAGGGAAAUGAGACCCGAGACCGCGACCCAUGCGGGAAUCGGGUCGGGUGGGAUUCGGAGGGUGAAUUUCCGAGCGGAGAUUGAUACGUCACCGCCGUUUGGGUCGGUGAAAGAGGCCGUGACCCGUUUUGGAGGUAGCGGGCCUUGGAUACCGUUUUUUCAGAACAACAUUGAAGAUUUUGACCUAAAGAAAGUGGAGGAACAAGCAGCAGAGUUGGAGAAGGAUUUGAUUGUCAAGGAACUUGAAACGCUUGACGUGCUCGAAGAACUGGGAGCUACCAAGAGGAUUGUGGAGGACUUGAAGCAGCAAUUACAGAAGGAGGCUAUGAAAUGUUUAGCAACUCAAGAUGUAAAUUCAUAUGAACAAGUUGGAACUACUGUUAUUAAGGAGAUGGAUAAGGAAAAUUGUGGAAGUAAUGUCAAUGAUCAAGAACAGGUGAUGCAAAUUCCAAGCCCAUGCUCUAUGUCAUCAUCACCUGAUAUGAUCUUAAUAGAGUUGAAACAAGCCAAAUUGAAUCUAGGCAAAACUAUAAAUGAACUUGGGGUGAUACAGUCCUCUGUUGAAUCUUUGAAUAAGAAGAUGAAGAAGGAGAAACUUUUUCUGGAGAGGACACGCGAAAAGCUAGCAACAAAGUUUGCAGCAGUAUCUGCUCAAGAGAGGGUCCAAGAGCAAACAAGAUUAAAUCCACCAGCACCUCAUGUAGAGUUCAAUUUUGGUAACACUGCAAAUAAUUUCAAUUCUGAUUCUAGGCAGUGCAAUAGAAUGGCCGAGACAAGAAGACCUGAACCUUCAAAGCCCUUGAAUGUGUAUGAAGAAUAUGGAUUUAGUGUUAAGACUGCUGAGAUGAGGUGGCUUGCGGCUAAAAAGAUGGAAGAAGCUGCAAGGGCUGCAGAAGCUAUUGCUCUUGCUGAAAUCAAGGCUCUAUCUAAUAAUGCUGAGAGAUCUUCAGGAUUAGUUCUGCCAGAACCGGAGAAAGUCACUUUUGCUUUUGGAGAGUGCUCUCCCCUAAACCUCAAGGCUCAGAUACCCGAGGAAUCAACCUUGAAGAAGGUAAUAGAUUCCAACUUUCAAGUUGAUGAAACAAAAAUUUCCAAACUGACUAUUCUGAAGAAGUUGGAGGAAGCAGCUGAAGAAGUUCUACACAGCAAACAAGUCUUGACAGAUGCUUUAAACAGAGUUGAAACCGCAAACAGAAAGCAGCAUGCUGCUAAGGAGGCUCUAAGGAGAUGGAUUCCUGAGGAUGAUAUGAAGGAGUAUAAUAACACUAUUAACUGCAACAAGUUUCAUCAAGCUGGAAUUUAUCAAGAUUCUCUGCAGGAUGUAACCAGGUCAACAACAUCAAACAAUGAUCCAAAGCCUGCUUUAAGGACCACAAUUUCAAUGAGAGAUGUACUUAGCAGAAAGCAGGUUCCUGAAGGAUAUGCUACAAGAAAGGAGAUGGAAGAGCACACUGAACGACAAAAGGUAGCAUUGAGUCAAAUGCUUCAGGCAUUGAGGGAAGAUCUAACUCUUCCACCGAAGACCGAGAAAGAUGGGAGCAAUCAGAAGCCGUUCGUAGCACAGAGGAAGAAAUUUGGAUUCAUUCAAAUAUCACUCCCCUUGGCAAAGCCAAAUAAGAAAAGGGGAUGAGAUUUCAAUCCUUAAUCCCUAUGCAUGGAUGAAUAGCCACUACUCAUGCAUCUUCAUGUCUUCCCAUGCCAUUCUUUAUUGGUUCAUGUGUUCACUUUCAUUUAUUUAUGUAGAUGUUUGUGAGUGUCUGAUUCUGUAAAAUAUGUUGUGUUUGAAUGAUUGGCUUAUAAUUAUGUAGCUAGCUUUAAUGGAGCUAGUAGAUUAUGUUGCUCUGGUUGGAUGCAUUAGAGUGAUGAGGAAUUUAUCCACAGGGUAUGAAGGUUUUUAUUUUAUCAUUGGAUUGAUAAUUUUAUUGUUAGAAGUAUGAUCUAUUAUGUGGUUGUACCAUUAUAUGAAUUUAUAUUUGUUGAUCAGUGUA